GUAUAUAAUAAUGUUGUUUCAAACCCUACGCUGGAAAGUCCUUAUUCCACCAAUAAGCUCUAACUUUAUUCCCACAGUGAAAGAAAAGAUCGGUAACUCUUUCAUUCUCUUCUCUCCGUGGAAUCUAUGAGCAUGGAAGCUCUCUCUACUUCAUCACACAUCUCCAAUUUACCCCAGAUCAAGCCUCUUUUGAAAUCCUCGCUACCUUCUUCCCAGUCUCCGUGUUGGUUAUGUAAUCCGCGAAUCCCCAAUCUGAGAAUCAGCGAUGGAUCAAGCCACGUGGGGCUUCGUAUACAAGCUCUCUCACAUAACAACGACACACCAAGUGAUGAAGGUGAUAUCUUCUCUCUGUCACAGGAAAAGAUUGAGACUUUACUUUCUCAUAGUAGUGUAAUGAUCGAUGUGCAGACAUCUCUUGCACUUCCUCAGGGCUGUGCUGCUGGUAAUAGUGGAGGAAAUCGAGCUGUUCUUUAUAGAACUCCGAUAUCUGGUGGAGUUCAGAAUGCAACAUCAGCUCAUGCCUUGCCUCCGCCUGCUUUGGCUGUACGGAACUUGCUUGAGCAGGCUAGGUUUGCUCAUCUAUGCACAGUCAUGUCUAAGAUGCACCAUCGCAGGGAAGGUUACCCUUUUGGCUCUUUGGUGGAUUUUGCAUCUGAUCGGAUGGGGCAUCCAAUAUUUUUAUUCUCACCGUUGGCCAUCCACACAAGAAAUCUCUUGGCUGAACCUAGAUGCAGUCUCGUUGUUCAGAUACCUGGAUGGAGUGGCUUGUCGAAUGCAAGAGUGACAUUAUUUGGUGAUGUGUACCCAUUGUCUGAAGAUGAACAGGAGUGGGCACAUAAGCAAUAUAGUGCAAAGCACCAUCACGGACCUUCCGAGCAGUGGGUAAACUUUCACUAUUUUAGAAUGCACAACAUAAGUGAUAUAUACUUUAUUGGAGGUUUUGGCACUGUCGCUUGGGUCGAUGUCAAAGAGUAUGAGGCUUUACAGCCAGAUAAGAUCGCUGUUGAUGGUGGUGAACAGAACCUCAAGGAACUAAAUGCCAUCUUCUCAAAGCCACUAAGGGAGCUACUGUCUAUCGAAUCAGAGGUAGACGAUGCUGCUCUCAUCUCUAUAGAUAGCAAAGGGAUAGAUGUACGGGUUCGUCAAGGUGCUCAGUUCAAUAUACAGAGGCUAGCAUUUGAGGAAGGUCAUGGUGUUGAAACGCUAGAAGAAGCUAAAGCUGCACUAUGGAAAGUGAUGGAGAAUGUGAAGCUAAACUAUUUGCAGAAAUGACAAAUCCCAUUUUCUCUCUCUAGAGGGGUCUUUAGAAUUAAAAUGUUGUUUGAUUCCUCUCUCCCACUUUCUGAACUAGCUGAAAUUUUGUAGUUUCUUCUGUUUUUACCCUCCUUUUAUAGAGCAACAAAACAUGUCACUGUUUGAUAUUUUUGCAAAUUGACACAAAACAUAUCUCGAA